AAUCCGCCAAAAAGGAAUGUCCCCCAUCCCUAAUUCUAGAACUUUCAAUAGUGCGAGAAGUAAGGCUGUGCGAACGAGACCACUCCUAGAUUCAAAAUUCAUCCGACAUCUCUGAAGAUUCCUACUCCAUUUUUGUCUUUGAGAAAAGCUUCGUUUGCCCUGGUUGGGAGAGUGUCCUGAGUGAAGAAGAAGAGGUUCUUCAACCCGGUGCCAUACUUUGCGAGGAAGUGCGCGACCAUGUUCGAUUGCCGAGGUCGGUGUAUAAAGUGGACAAGACGUUUGGAGCGGAAAUGCAAAUGCCUCGAUGAACUCCCCGCUUCCAGUUCGAAGGAUUGCACCACCGGCAGCCUGUCCGUCCUUAAAUGCGGCGUCUGUGUUGAGAAUAAGUUGCGCAGGUACGAAUCUUGGAUUCAAAUCUUUGGAGGAUGUUGGCACAGUGUACUGUUCAAGUUAUCCCAUGAUUCAGAACUGCCCCCAGCUGCCCAGUGGCUGCCAUGAAGAUUUUGAGAAAUUUCUGGAGGUUUCUGAAUGAGUAUGCUGAACCAUUUAGAAACAGCAGCAAAUCGUCCGCGUAACCAAGAUGGUUUACCGGGCUUGGAUCGUUUCCAAUUUGAUAAGGUGAUUAUAUAGAGACCGGAGUAGAGAAGAAGAGUUAGGAACAUCACGAGUUAAGUUUAAAAUGGCAGGAAACACUAAAACACAGAUCGAUGAUGCCAUCUACUCCCAAGAAAAAUGGAUCAAGAUGCUGGACAACAAUUUCCAGCUAGACCUUGCAGUAUUCAAGUGUCAGAACCCGAUCAUUUCGGCCAUAAUGAAAGGUCACUAUCUCUGGCCUGCACUUCACAACGCCAAACCAGUGCCAGAGAUAUACCUACAACAAUUUUGGGGCCACAUGCAUACUGAAUCAGCGAAGGAUCGCUCCAAAAUCAAGACUAAACUGAAUGGCAUGCGCGUAAUCCUGACGCCAUCAACACUGCAAUCUACACUAGCGCUGCCAGUUCACGACACAUAUGAUGCACUGCCAUCCAUCCCUGAUCUGCUCAAAGACGUGGCAUCUCUCGGCUACACCUCACUGCUGCCACAACUGUCAAACUUCAACGGAGCCUAUCUCCAUCACCCGUGGAAGAGUCUAUUCGGACUGGUGAAUAAAUGCUUGUCGCCAAAGCAUACCGGCUUCGACAAGUGCAACAAGCAGAUACUGCUAGUCUUCCAUGGGAUCGCCUUCAACAAAAAUUAUGACUUGGCACAGCUCUUCUUUUCAGAGCUAAUGGACCUGGUCAAAGCCAAAGAAAAGAAUAGGCCAGGUACCAUUGCGUACGCAAGAUGGCUCGGGCUGAUCAUACACGACUGCAUGGCAGAGCACGCUUCCAUACCAAAAUGCAGUACGGAUCCUCACUUCACAGCACCGAAGCUACAGUAUUUUAAAGCAGACAAGAAUCCUACCUUUGGUCUGAAGAUACCUGGAUUUCUGCUCAAGCUGGUCAAAUCUUCAAAUCCAGCAGUCCAGCAAUACAAGGAAGCCACAUAGAAAACUGUCCCUAUGGUUCAGCAAAACCCAGUUGGACCUACCCCAGGGGCAAAGCAGAGUGUUGGUAAGGGUCCCAAGAGAGCCCAAAAGCCACAGAAACCAGUGGCCGGUUCGCCCAAUGAAGGAAAGUCUGACGACUCUCUAGAGACGAGUCAGGCGGCUGAGGGCACCGAAACAGACGCUGAGGAAACAGCCAAUGAAUCGUCAAGUGAAGCCCAAACAAACACUGACGAGGAGGCUUCCGAGAGCGUGGGCACGGAGAGCGGGGAAUCUGGCUCGGAUGAUGACGACGAUGACAAUGACAGUGAUGACGUGGAGCUCACAUAUGCCCUGAUCAGAAAAGGGAAGCUGCCAGUCGAAUCUCCAAAGAAGAAAAGAAUUACUGCUGAAGACGCAGCACCAAUAAUCGCUGGCAGACCUCAAGUCUUCACAAUCAAAGAAAAAGCUAAACCGAGAGCCGAUCCCAGCGAGACAAAUUGCUCCAAGGACGAUUAUGACGAGGCGGCUCAUUCAAUUAAGAAUUCAGAGGAGGUCGUCAUCCGAGAGAAAAGGGCAAAGGUCAAGAAUGACAAGGUUGCCAAGGCAAAGCCCCAGCCCCGAGCCAGAAAGAGCCUGAUUGAUAAGGCAGACGAGCAUAUCUUCGCGGGCUGCGACACCUUUAUCCAGAUAAGCCGAGCUGAAUCCCUAAGCACAGGAGCCGAUCUUUUCGGUUCCCGGGUAGAAGUCGCAGCAUCUGGCUCAACUGCGCAAGCACAGCUCUCUCCCAGCCACUCGAUAGCCUCUCAACAGGCUAUUGUUUCAAAAGAACGGGACUCCACCCCCUCGCUGGUUCCUUCUGAAUCAGUUGAGCGUACAAUUGACCUAUCUCCCGAGGUCAAAACCCCUUCUUCUCACACAUCGAGUCUAUAUGUCACAUUCCCCACAUUUUCUUCAUUUUCUAGGACACCUACACUAUUCACUUCACAUACAGGUGCACACACCCUGAACGCAACAACCAGAGCGCAAGCUAUGACGGUUGGAAGCCCUGCUACGCCCAUAAUGAUUCCAUCAUUAAAUGCAGGCCACACAUCAGCAAUCUUCACUGAUGCUGUGACAACAGUUACAACCCCCGUAACUGGUCACCCUACCUUUGAAGACGUAAACGUUCUACUCAAUCGCUUCCUAGAUUCCACCAUUAAACCAUGGGUGCAAGAUGCAAUGACCGCUCUAGCACAGGAAUUUAGGACCACCCAAGCGGUUCGGUCUGAACAAACCCCACCCCAACCUUCACCUGAACCGUUCAUCUCCCAUACACAACCCGUAUCCUCCACCCCUCUAUCCCACCAAUCCAUAAACCAAAUUCCCAUUCCUUCUCUUUCUCGGGGAACCCAGGAUACAGAACCAGUAUUCUCCCCACACCCGACCACACCCUCCAUCGAUCUCUCCUCACUACCCUUCGACACUCUAGCGUCGGCUUUGCUGAACAACCUCCUAAACACCCCUGAAGACAAGCUUACUCUUCAUCAGCAAGCCAUACUUGAAGCCCUUCUUUCUUCACCUGAAACCAAGAGAACUUGCAAGGAGAGUCCUCGUGGUCGCAAACGUUCCCAUGAGGACCCCGAUGAUUCGGAUCCUCAUGAGGGGGAGAACAAGCGACCUCGAUCACUUGAGCAAACUGCCCUACCAAGCCAAACUCCACAGCCCAUUCAACCCGAAACAUCGACAAACCAACAGCAACCACCCAUAGCCAACUUAUCUAGCAUGGUCGAGCUAGAAAUAACAUCCCGAGGCGUAUCUCCAAGAGAUACCAACCGAGGAGGGGAUGGAAGUCCUGAUGAUGUUACCACUGGUACAUCUUCUGCAUCAGGCCAUUAACUGGAACCUAGUUCUAAGCUGAUGUCAACGGGCAAUCCAAGUGAACCCGGUAGUGCUACGCAGGAACAAUCACCUCCUCAAAGGCAACAAAGAGUUCCAUACAUCUCCCCAGGAAAAGACAUCCAUGAUGCACUGGAGGAGGCGGUGAUAUAUGACAAAUGGCCGAGACAAUGGACAGAUUGGGAUGAUCUUCGGAAUGAGGCCGAACAAGAAGACAUGCAAAGAAAUUGGUGGCUAGGAGAGUUAAUUAACAGAUGCUCUGAAGAUAUCAUAAGGCUCGAGGACGAUGAACGCAAGGAAGGGGAGAAUUACAAAGAAUCCCAGAAAACUCUUGAAUCGGUCGUAAGACAAUCAGCGGGAAGACUUCCCAAGACAGAGAAACCCUGGGAUAAUGUUCGCAUCAAAGCCCCUUUCCAAGAAGAAAUCAGAGAGCAUAUCUGGCGUAGACCAGACAGAGUCAAGCCGCUGAAUGAACUGAAGCUAAGAGGCCUUACUCAUUUAAAAGGAAAGCAGGCUGGAGGUCAUCUGCAUAUGCUGCUACAAAGGUCAACCGGUACACAGAGAGAACUGAUGGAACAAGAUCUGAAGUCGAAUAUUCUCCCGAUUCAUCAAAUUCUACAAGUGAAGGCUGAAGAUUAUCAUGGAGUAACAUUCUACACUUACAGACUUCAACGCACUGAUGGGAGCGAAUUUACUUGCCAAGAGAACGAUUUCAUCAUGCUGAAACCGGACGACAUCUAUCAAAUGUUCAUGGCCUACAGAUACCUUCCAGUCAGGCAGAGCAUAAUAUACAGCGAAGGUCUUGCAGCUAUCAAGAGAUUCAUGCUUAGACAGAUCCGAGUACACUCUUCACAUGACCUACAGAUGGCUAUUGAGUGCAAUCUGAAAAAGACAAAUCUGACAAAGCCAAGACUGUAUGGUCCAGAACUUGAAGACUUCCCAGCCUACCACAUCUUCUUCACACCGCCAGCAGUCACCUAUCUGAACCACAAGAACGAAAAACGUCUGAUGGUAGUCAGUGAAAUUGAGAAGUACUGUGACGGAACACUGAAGAUAAUCAAAGAACAUAUUCUAAAGAUGAAGGCAGAGCUAGAGGAAAAUCUUCAAGAGGCAUCGUCUUAUGUUCAAAAGGAACACUCUAUAGUAGAGACAAUCUUAAAGGCAAUUGACGAUCGCCUCGAAAAGAGAAAUACGCUGAGGCAAUAUGAACAUGCACUUGGUAUGAGGAAGCACUACUUCAAGUCUCAGAAGCAAUAAGAGAAUGGCACUUGAUCACAAAGGGGGAGAUUGUUGGAGAUAUUAAAUUGUGAAUCAAGUUUGUCAUAGAUUAGCUUUAUAUUUAAUCCUUGUAUUUAAUUAGUGCAUGAAUUAGAUAGCAAUCAGGCCAAGUGUUAGGCCCAUAUAAACAGGCUAAAAGCCUUGUACGCCUAACCGAAACCUCGCCUAUAAAAAGGGAGCCGAGGUUUAGGAAUAGGUUAACGUCGUACUUAUUCUUCAUAGCCUUACGCGCAUAAUUUUGUGUUGUACGAGUUCACGGUCUAUCAAAGAAGGUUUUACGUUGAUUCAUUCUGUGUUCAUCCUUACGUUUAAUCUUCGUUGUUAGAUCGUUAUUCAUUGAUGUUACAGAAACAGGGACUAACAGAAAGGUUGAGCACCGCCCUUCUAAAUUACUAGGAAGUUAGAGAAGAAGUGAUUUUUUUGAGAUGAUCAAAGAAGAAGAGAAUUUUGGUGGAGUGAUGAUGACUAUGUUGAUUGUUGAUUGCAUGUGUUUGAGAGCGGAUUAGAGAUGCCUUAGAAAAACUUAGCCAAGAAUAAACAUUUUAAUUAUGUCGAAUAUUUGUUUUACUUUGUUUUGAUUUAGUUGCCUGUGCAUUCGGUUAGGAGAUGACUGGAUGUGGCGGUAACACCCAUUUCCCUUUCAAACUUCCGAUGUACUUCUUCAACAUUAUGAUGAAUGAAUAAAGAAUUUCCUUUAAAUUAUUAAUGUUUUGGGUGGGAAAUUUGGG